CUACCUUGCUAUCUGCUCUCUCUAUCUCCGUCCCUCCCCCCCUCUAGCGUCCCCUCAGCCGCAGAACCAUAUGCAGUGUGGAGCCGUGAACUAUGCUGUAGUCCGACAAGGUGCGACCAUCCUCCAGCUGCCUGCACACACACACACACACACAUCAGACACAUACACACAAGCCCCCCCCUCCCCCGUCUCUCUCUGUCGACCCACUCACUUGCCGCCGAAGAUCAGCCGUUGCUGAUCUACCGGGAUGCCCUCGUGACGCUGCACAGCGUCCCUGACGGCCUCUAUCAUGGCCGCCGGAAGGGCCCAGAGGAAGAAGAUUUUGCCUCCCAUGUCCUUGACAUACAGCUGGAUGUACUGAUCACGGACCUCGCUGCAAAGCACAGCAUAGUCACAACACACAGACCGGAUAAUGAGAGGCGCCCUCACGUGUGGUUCCAUUGCCUCUUAUCAGGUAUCUACCUGCUGGGUGUGUGUGUGAGUACGGAAGAGCCGUGGUCGUGAACGGCCGACGCCAACGUGCUGCUGUCGCCCCACCACACAGAGGCAAACAUGCAUCCGGACAAUCACCAUUUGGUGUGUUCUCACUCACUCACCACUUGUAUGGGUAUCCAUAGAGCUCUGCAAACUUGUCUGAGGCGGCCUGCCGGCGGCGCAUCUUCAACGCAUCGCUGUCGAACUCGCCCAUCGGAUCGCUGCACGUAUCAGCGUGAGGGAAAGGGCCACACACACAGAAUAUCGCAAUAUGCUCUCUGUGGUCUGUGUGGUGUUGUGUGUCUGUGUGUGCUUACUGUGGGAUGACGGGUUCGAUGCCGACGAUGCGCGAGAGCGACAUGUACAGCACCGGAUCGACCAGAACUGAGUGCCACACUUCGUCGAUGUGCGCCGGCACCGACAGGCGGCAGCUGCGGUCGUUCUCAACACCCUUCUGCACACACACACAUCACACCACACACGGCAGCAAACAGACCAUUUGUGCGUACACACGUGUGUCUUUGUGAUUCAUCGUACGACCAGCAUCAUGAAGAGCAGGAAGUCCCUCACAGCCCCUGAUGGCUCAGCCCCAAUGCCCUCCUGCGUGAGGCGGUAGAUGACCUCGUGCCACUUGAGCACCAUGAGCUCCUCCCAACGACCGACCAGAUGCUGUCAAAGGACACACACGGCACACAAGCCCCAGAAGCAGCCAUCUUCCCUCCUCUCAUGCGUGCCAUUCCCUGUGUGGGAAGUGAUGAGUGCGGUUCUGGCUGGCCUCACCUCUGGAAGGUCAUGGUCGAGGGGCGCCACACGCAAAGGACGCCCAGCCAUGCCGCUACCAAUGAGGAAAGUCUGGAGGGUUUGCGUUAGGGUUAGGGUAGGUUUGUCAAACCCGCCCUCACCCCGAGACCCUCAAGGCUUGGGUUGAUAUUUGUGUGUGUUGCAGGCACCAGGAUGAUGUGCUUUUUUAUGAUCGUGCUCGUGAGAGUCUUGUCCACUGCCUGGGCCUUGCCAGGGCGUCUGCGUCCCACCGUCCCAGCAAUGCCUUCCUAGUCCAGAGACAGAUGAGAGACAAUGACGUGUCUUCUUCGUUGCCUCACCCGUGGACAACCGUGCGAACAUGAUGACGUAAAGGACGUUGGUCAGCUGCAAAGAGACCGUUGCCCUUUCCAUCGUCAGCCACGCACGCGUGUCCAUACGGGUGAGCCAACGAGAGACUGACCCAACCACACCAACAGAUUAUCCAUGAGAAGAAAGGAAUGAAGAAUGUGGAACCGUGUGUGUGUAUGCUUCGCUUCGCAAUCCUGCUGAUGAUUCAGCGAAAGCUAAUGCGAGCCGCCGCUUUCGCUUUCGCUGUCUGACCAGCAGCAUUGCGAAGCCAAACACACACACACAUAAGCACAAUACACCACAUAGUAUCCACAGCCGAGGGAGAGAGAGGAGGUCAGAUGGCUACAGAGCAUACAGAUCAGCUGACUGGAUGGCUGGAUGGCUACACAGGCAGGCGGGCCUCACACACGGCGGGACAAAUCGUACCUGUACCCCUCCAAAACGACCACACACGACACCUCCACACACACAACACUGACAGCACUCACAUACACUCAUUCGCUGCUUUGCACCGGCCGCCGCAACACUGCAUCCAUUCAUCUCUUUCGCCAGUCAUCAUCCCUCAGCCUGGCCGUCUUGCCGACAUCCAUCGGCCCCCGCAGUAACCUCACAGCUGCCCACAGACCGCCGCUCCAUCCCGAAGAGCGGCCGGCCACCUGUCGUCUUGUGUGAUCGCGCGUCGGUG